UGUGCAUGUUGCUGACACUUGAAGCAUCACCGAAGUCCAAAUCAAACCACUGCCAUCUCACCACUACUCAAAAGGCAAAACACUCUCAAGCUUGUGUAGGUGCAAUAGUGCACGAUGACGAGCCCCAUGCACGCGCGGAAGGCCAAGCUCAGGAACCACCUCGUCUCCGCCAAGGCCAAGCUCAAGCACCAUGUCACCCCGCGCCGCGUCCUCCUCCUCGGCGCCACCGCCUGCUCCGCGUUCCUCCUCCUCCUCACCCUCCGCACCCUCCACUCCGCCGCGCCCAGCGGCGCCAGAGCAAGCGCCGCCGCAGCCGCCUCCACGCUCGCGGCCGACGUCCAACACACCGGCCAUCAGCAGCAGCAGGGGCACGAGUGCGCGGAGGUGCCGGUGGCCGUCGCGGAGGCUCUGGUGCACUACGCGACGUCCAACGCGACGCCGCUGCAGACGGAGGCCGAGGCCGGCGCGGCCGCGCGCGUUCUGUCUCGGCGCGCGCCGUGCAACCUCCUGGUGUUCGGGCUCGGCCCCGGCAGCGCGCUCUGGGCGGCGCUGAACCACGGCGGCCGCACGCUGUUCCUCGAGGCGGACGCCGCCCGGAUCGCGUCCGUCCGCGCCGCGCGCCCCGCCGGCCUGGACCUCGAGGCCCACCCCAUCGCCUACCAACAACACGCCACCGCGCUCGCUGACGAUGGCGCCGACGAGCUCCUCGCCCUCCGUGACUCCCCGGACUGCACCGGCGCCGCAGCCUCCUCCCCAACGAAACCACUCUCGCCGGACCACCUGGAGCGGUCGGCGUGCAAGCUGGCGACGCGCGGCCUGCCGGCGGCAUUCUACGAGGCGGAGUGGGACGUGAUCAUGAUGGACACGCCGGUGCCGGGCGCGAUAUACACGGCGGGGGUGGCGGCGCGCGCACGUCGGCCGGGGGCGGGGGAGACGGACGUGCUGGUGCACGGCGUGGACAGCACGACGGAGGAGAGCUUCUCGAGAGAGUUCCUGUGCGAGGGGUACAUCAAGGAGGAGGCUGGCAGGCUCCGACACUUCGCAAUUCCUAGCCACAGGGACAAGGAAACCAUGCCAUUUUGCCCUUGAGAUAUUGUCACUCAUAUGUUGAUGAUAUAUAUAUUUAUAUAUUAUAUAUAUAAAAAAGUUACUGUUGCAGGAAUUAGAGCAAGAAAGAGGCAUUUAUAACAUUUAAUUUUUCAAGUUCUUAACUUUUUUUGUUGUUGUUGUUCUGGUGGAACAACUUUUGCGCUCUUUGAUGCUUAUGUGAGAUUUCAUAUUUAGGUGUUGGUUUUAUAAAUGUUUUUUAAUAAUCAUUGGAGGAAUGGGACCUGAAGUUCUGUACUCUAGGAUGAUA